UCAUAUAAGACAGCAUCCGUGCGCGCAAUGCCUCUCCUUGCUCCCUCUGGUAAACAGUUCAGCCUCCACAAGCUCGUGGCCAUGUCAACAAUGCUCUCCCCGACCCACAACGGUGCGCAUUCACGGCCCCUAGUACAGGCCGGUGGAGGAAACGCCGCUUCUGAUAUUCCUCAACACCAGCUCUAUCUUUCCCACGGGAUACAGGAACAUCUACGGCAGGUCUAUGAGGCGCUCUGCAAACCCCAAGCACGCCUACCUAAAGAAAGGUUUGCAGAAUGGCUUGCUGCCGUACAAUUUCAGGCAAUUCAACCUCUUGACAAAGACGAAUACAAAUUCGAGGAAUUCUUGGAGACUGUCUACUACAACGGAGCAUUUGAAGCUGUCAGUAAACCGCAGGAGAAGGACCUCAGCAGACCGAUCAGCAAUUACUACAUUAGCAGCAGUCACAACACAUAUCUCAUGGGAAACCAACUGUCUUCGAAAAGUUCUACAGAAGCAUAUAAAAAUGUCCUCAUUCGCGGAUGUCGAUGUAUCGAGAUUGAUGUGCACAACGGAGUACCUGCCGAUUCACCCCCGUCCGUAUCCCCCUCCAAGUUCGAAUCAAAUCACAAACGUCACGCAUCCGGAAGUACGCUGUCUAGUCGAGCUGCCGCAGCGCUGGAGAAAGCGGAGGAAAAGUACGAUUCAACAAAGUCCAAGAUCAUGAGCAAAAGCAAGCAUUUCGGGACGGAUAAGGACCUUACUGAGACGGAAGAACGGGGCAGAACAGCAACGCGAGAUACUUUGACCAUUGAAAAACCCCUCGAAAGACCAGCAUCCCUCCGAUCUUUGAGAAAUGGGGAGCCCCUUGUCCUACACGGCUGGACUCUGACUACGCCUGUGGGAUUCAGAGCAGUGUGCCAAUCGAUCCGAGAAACUGCUUUCGAGAAGAGCCCCUUUCCAAUAAUUGUAAGCUUGGAGGUUCAUGCGGAUCUAGAGCAACAAGAGACUAUGGUGGAUAUAAUGAAAGAGGAGUGGAAGGGGCUAUUGGUCGAUGAGGCCCAUGAAGCUUGUAAUCCUGAUGAGAGACUCCCAAAGCUGGAAGAACUCCUUAACAAGAUUCUCAUAAAAGUGAAGAAGGCUGCUGCCGACAAGCAGGAUCCAGUCAGUGGUGCUACUCUCGUGCCCAUUCCUUCACCGAAUGAUGGGGAUUCAGGCUCAGAAGAUGAGCGAAGCAGUGGCAAGAAAAAGGUCAAAAUCUGCGAGGCCCUCAGCAAUCUAGGAAUAUAUACCCACAGCGAGCAUUUCGUCAGCUUCGAGGCAAAGUCGGCCAAGCUUCCUCCACACGUCUUCUCCAUUGGCGAAAGCCAGAUCUUGGAACUCCAUGAGAACAAGCAAGCGGAGAUGUUUCUCCACAAUCGGGAUUUCUUCAUGCGUGCAUACCCAGCAGGAUUCCGAAUCGAUUCUUCGAAUCUCGAUCCUUCCGUCUUCUGGCGGAAAGGUGUACAGAUGGUUGCGUUGAACUGGCAGAAGUUGGAUGAGGGCGUGAUGCUCAACGAAGGAAUGUUUACGGGCGAGCAAGGAUGGGUGCUGAAGCCUCCGGGUUAUCGCAGUGACCCCUCAGAACAUAUUGAGUUCAAGACAUUAGAUCUUAAGAUCACGGUUUAUGCGGGCCAACAUAUCCCCGUACCACCCGGACAGGCUGAACACGGAUUUCAUCCAUACGUGAAAUGCGAGCUGCACGUAGAAAAGCCAGCAGAGGGAGCAGGUGAUUCUGGCGGCGACAGUCGAGGAAAAGAAGUGGAGUACAAGCAGAAAACUUCCUAUUGCAAAGGCGAUCAUCCGGAUUAUGGAAAAGAUGGUGUGGUGAUGUCUUUUCCACAGAUCACUUCAGUGGUGGAGCAAUUAAGCUUCGUGAGAUUCAAGAUCGAAGAUGCCAAGUACGCAAAAGACGAAUUGGCCGCGUGGGCUUGUAUACGGCUUGAUCGUCUGCAGCAAGGCUAUCGAUUUGUGAAUCUGUUUGACGCGAAAGGACAGGCAACUUCGGGGCUUCUACUUAUCAAAACCGAGAAGUCGUUGGCGUAG